AUGUCUCAGGUCGAGUUCAAAGGCUACGCUGCUCUCGAUGGCCAGAGCUGGGGAGGCUUGAAAGUUAUCGACAUCAAGCCGAAGACGUGGAAGGAAACGGACGUCGAGAUCACUAUCACGCAUUGCGGGCGAGUCGCGCGUGUGUGCGGCUCGGACGUACAUACUAUCACCGAGGGUUGGGGCAAGGUCCCAUUCCCUCUCGUAGUCGGCCACGAGAUCGUCGGCAAAGUGACUCGCGUCGGUUCUGAAGUCAAAGACCUCAAAGUUGGCGACCGCGCGGGCGUGGGCGCCCUAAUCGGCGGCUGUUACUCCUGCCGAGCGUGCAGGUCCGACAACGAGAACUACUGCCCGCGCUCCGUCCUCACCUACGCCGACAGGUACCCUGAUGGAAUGGUGACGCAGGGCGGGUACGCGAGCGCCAUCCGCGCGCACGAGCAGUUCGUGUUCCCCAUUCCGGACGGCGUUGAGUCGCGCGACGCGGCGUCGAUGCUGUGCGGCGGGCUCACGAUUUACUCGCCGCUCAAGCGCAACGGCGCCGGACCUGGCAAGAAGGUGGGCAUCGUGGGCAUUGGCGGGAUUGGACACUACGGCAUCCUGUUCGGGAAGGCGAUGGGCGCGGAGGUGUAUGCGUUCACUCACGACGAGAGCAAGGUCGAGGAUAUCAAGAAGAUGGGCGCGGACCACGGCGACUUUGCCAAACCGCUCGCACGCACGCUCGACCUGAUCAUCUCCACGCGCGACGUGGCGGAGGGCAUGCCGCUGCAGCAGUACCUCAGCAUGCUCUGGGUGCACGGCAAGUUUAUAACGGUGGGAUUGCCGGACGGGCCGCUUCCGCAGCUCAGUGCGUUUGACCUCAACCCGAACGGGUGCUUUCUGGGCGGGUCGCGGGUCGGGAGUAAGCGGGAGGCGGCGGAGAUGCUGGGGUUGGCGGCGGAGAAGGGGAUCAGGCCUUGGAUUGAGGAGAUGCCGAUGAGGGAGGCGGCACAGGCUAUUCAGAGGCUGAAGAGGAAUGAUGUGAGGUAUCGGUUUGUAUUGACGCAGGAUUUGGUGUGA